AUGAGUUCGAAAUUAAAAGGAAGCAAACUUGAAACGGAAGUAGAUAAAUGCCGUUCGGAAUGUAAUUGGAGAAGACUAGGAGAUUUAUUGCUUUCUGUCCGUUCCAAAAAUAGCGGCAUGGAGCAGUAUGGAGAUUUAUUACAAGCAGAAUAUAUCAUUGAAUCGUUUGUAGAAUUAAACUCAGAUGUGUUGGAACCGAAAACUGACAACAAAAGUAGUCUUGAAAAAGCUGCGAAACUUCUCAAUAACACACUGCAGUCUUCAAUUGCUGAAAAGUCGACAGUGUAUUUGGAAACAAACUUGCUGCUUUCGAAAUUACAUUAUUAUUGCGCAGAAUAUGAGCAAGCAAUGCACGAUAUUGAGAAUUCACGUUUGGAAUUUGGUGAUACGCCAUUUGAAUCUUUGCGAGAUUUGCGCUUAGUUGCUGAAGCUUAUGCAAUAAAAGGUUUCUGUAUGGAAGCAACUAUGAAUCAAAUGAAAAAGACAGACUUGGAGAAAUGUCGUAUGAGGACAUUAUUUUGCUUCGAAAAAUCUGCGGAGCUGGCAAUAUCAUAUGUUCAGGAAUUGGAAAAAUCAAUAAACUUAUCAAGCAGGAGUGGUGUCCUUUCUUCAAACGCUACUGGUGCGAAUGGCAAACAGCAUGCUGAAAAAAUGGGAGAUCUCCUAGAGACAACUCUUGAAAAAGUGCCCUUGCUGAGGUUGAGGCAUAACAUAGUUGAUCGACCGUGGGACAAUGAAGGCAUUGAAUGGUAUCGUCGAAUUAUGACAUCUUUAGGUGACAAAAUGGUCGGUGAGAAAUUGCAACAAAGAUUGAGUCGGCAAUUAGCUGAAGUAUUAAUCAGAGGAGUGCCAGAUUCUGGUUAUGUGGAAUCGCAAUCUGUCAACACAAAAUCACAGUAUUUGAGAUUUUAUACUGGAUCGAACAGAAGUUAUUUCUCUCCUUCUUCAAGGAUUGAAGAAAUUUUACUGCUGUUAUUAAUUAGUGAAGUUCUAGCUACAAAAGAUGUUGUGCUGAACAGAGCUGAAGAAUUGGCACCCAAUCGUAAAAAAUCUUUGCGUGUCGCAAAAUCAGUAUAUAAUUUGCUGACAUUGGUACUUUCUGCUCUAAGGCAGUAUGAACUUUUGGCUAGCAUUUAUGAAAAAGCCAUGAAAUUUGCGAAUGAAGACAGAUAUCUGUGGUUUCAGUUUGCUUUGGCAUUAAUCUGUCAUGGAAGAUAUGUAAGGGCAUCAAAAAUUUUAUCGCAAUGCCUAGCUUUUGAGCAGUGCGAUGACAAUACUCUUGCACAGCAUCUUUUUGCAGCUGAAAUUGCUAUCGAACAUUUCUGUCAAUAUGAUGAAGCGAUAAAACAUUCUGACAAAGCUAUCGAGCUUUGCGAAGGAAAUUGGCUUUCUGGACGUUGUUUGCUUUUGAAAGGUAUUGCAAUGAGUAUGAAGGCAGAAACAUUAGUUCGAUAUGAGGAACGAUGUAAAAUGCAAUUAGAAGUAAUAAAUCUUUUUGAGCAGGCUACAGCAGUGGACUCUCUUGACGACUUAGCCCACUAUUAUUGUGCAAGACAGCAUGCUAUAGCUCGUGAUUUGCGAGCAGCUCGAGAUUGGUGCGAAAGGACAUUGGAAUUAAAUCCAGAAAUGCCUGCUGCAAUAAUGCUUCUUGCCUUGAUUUUUACUGCUCAGAAAGACUACAAAGCGGCACUAGAAUUAACUGUAGAUGCUUUAGAAGAUUUUCCCACAAAUUAUCCUUUAAUCGUUCUAAAAUUAAUGCUCGAAGUAAAAUUUGGACGUGUUGAUGAGGCUCUAUCAUCAUCACAACAUCUGUUAUAUUUCUGGAAAAAAGGAGACGCAAAUUCAAUUUCUGUAGAUAAUUCAUUUAAGUAUAUGUGCACUGCAGCUAGUGAUGAAAGUCAAAAAGAUGCUCAAGGAAGCAGUUUAUUGCGUUCAGUAAGUAGUCGUGAUGCUGUGACUGCAGCAUCGUUUACUGCUGCUACUUCUUUAGGUAUUUUGUCUUCUGCUACGCUGGCAAAUAUGACUGCAAACAAAACUUCAGGCACUGGAAGUGAUAUGACUGAUGGAGGAUCUGUAUAUACAGCUCAGAGAAUAUCUGAUUACGGGAAUGGUACUUCUACUAUUUCAUUAUCUUCCAUGCAAUCUAGAAAUAUAGAAGCACGUUUUAUGAUGCAGGCAAAUAUUUGGUUGGAACUUGCGGAACUUUUUCUUGAUCUUGAUCGAAUGGAAGAUGUACGAUCAUGCAUUGAGGAGGCAUCUGCUUUGUGUCCUAGUUCUCAUCAGUCACUGUAUAUUAAAGGUCGACUAUUAGCAGCUCGCGCGAUGAAAUGUAAUGAUGUUUCAAGAUGUGAACGUCUUAGAACUGAUGCUAAAGCUUCAUUGUUAGGAGCACUUGCUAUAGCACCUUCACAUGUGUCAUCUUUGCGACAUCUAGCACAUAUUUACAGACUAGAAGGAAAUAUUCCAAUGGCAGAAAAAAUGUUGAGAGAUGUUAUACAAAUUGACCCGUUACACUGUGAUUCGUGGCAGGCGCUUGGCAUGAUUCUUUCAAACGAUGGACGUUUUGAAGAAGCUUUAGAGUGCUUCUCGACGGCUACUGCUCUGAGCUCAUCGACUCCACUCAUACCAUUUUCUGCUUUACCAGUGUCAAUUCGGAUUUUUUAA